GAUGAUACUGCAAAGACGAAGAAGCCAAUAAAAUCCAGGUCUUAACUGAUAAUAUUAACAGUGUAUGUUUGUAUGUAUGUAAUGUGUCUAUACAUAAUCGAAACCAUUUCAUUAGUAUUUUUGUACGCCUGUAGGCAUAUGUAUAAUAACGCUAUACAGAGAGAUGUACAUGAAAUAUGAUAAUAACAAAUAAAAAAAAUAGCAACAUUUUGAAUGGCUUAAAAGGCCAUUUUAAUUCAACUCCAUGACCAAAUAUUAAUACAAGUUAAGUGGGAGUUUUUAUAACCACCUGUCGACAUUCGCAUAAAAAGAGUAGUAAAUUAGAUUAACCAGUUGUUCGUACAUCAGGGACACAGACAUUUCGAUGAGUGUACAAACAUAUCUAUGUACAAACAUGUACAAAGACGCGUACUGAGAGAUUAAGUGAUCCUACAGCAAGUCAAAAAGCAGUCAUUAGUGUGUACACAUUCAGGGUGGUUUAUUUUUUUUACAAGUCUACUACAAACACUAACAGACCCUAGAUUCUGUUCUAUUGUAACUCCUCAAUCAUCGGUUGAGAGUGUUAGUGUUAGUAUGACAAGCGUUAAAAAAAGAGGAGAAAAAGAGUGGCCAAAGUAUGUGAUGAAUACAAUUUCGGAUUGGUGCUCUCACUUUAUAGAAUAAAAAUAAUACCAAUAAAUUAUUUAAUUAAUUAAUGCAUUUAUUGUAUAUAAAUACAGAUAACUAAUUAAUUAACUGUACAGGAAAUAAAGAUUCCUUGAAGGAAGACACUAAUUUACAUACUCCGUUAAGCCCAUUUUUACAAGAUGGUCUUUCGAAUUGAAGUAAAUCUUGGUAAUCGAUUUCUUUUGUUGAAAACAAUGAAACGUAGAUUUGGGAAUAUUCAGACCUCAAAUUUAUUUAGUAUGAAUUCCACUACACCAAAACACAUUAGACAUUGUCAAAAAUUCUGUACAUUUUGUAGUCCAGAACGAUAUACAAUUAUGAUACAUAAUGAAAAUGUCAAUCAGAUUCAUUAUACAAUGUGUCCUUAUGAUGAAUUACUGAUUAUGGCAAAAUCAAUACAUACAAGUUUAGUUUCUGAUACUGGAGGGAAUAAUAAUUGUCUGAAGAUUUUAGUUUUAUCAAUAACUUGUGGUAAACUUUCCAACUUUACCAAAUGUAAUCCCGUCCUUAUAACUCCAGAUAACAACAUCAACAACAAUGACAAUAACACCGGUCAAAAUGAUUCAACAAAACAGACCACAUCAAAUACUCCUCAAAAUACAACUGUAUCUAUAAAUAUUCAAACAAUUAACAAAUCAGUUAAACGUAGACGUCAUCAUAAACUUGAUUCUAAACAGUCAAAAACCAAAUCCAAUUGGGGUAUUAUUAAUAUCCCGCCAACAUGUGAAAAUAUACAUUCAAAUGUCUUGAUUGAGUUAAACAAAUCAUUUAACAAUGUUACAAUGGAGGAUGGAAAAAAGAAUAUCUCUUCUACUGAUGAUAAUAAUAAUAAUCAUCAAAAUCACCAUAAUUAUUGUUAUUAUUACUAUUACUAUUAUUGUUAUCAUUAUUAUUACUCACUUCAAAAAAUUCCAUAUUACAAAUCUUUAUGGCAUGAAAAGAUAUUAGAUGUUAAGACAAAAGAUACUGGCGUGAUUCAGUCAAAAGAGAAGAAUAAUUGCAAUGUUGUUUAUGGUCACAAUAAUACUAAUCAAUAUGCCAAAGAAAAGUAUGCCGACAAAGUGGUGAAAGUAACGCCAGAGAAUGAUAUAGAUAAUGAAGUAAUGCGGUAUAUGACACAAUCCGAUUUGAUUAAAAGCUGCGCUCAAAUACAAACAAGAAGCCAGAGAUUGACAAAGUUGAAAAGUGGAAUACUGCCGAUGGUAAAUUCACGUCCGCCAGAACCUGUUGGGUGUCAGCUGUUAGAAAUGACUACAGCACCUGCCAUAUGCAGGAUAAGCAGGAACACAGAUAUUUCAGGAAAUAUAUUAUGAAAGGUCUAUUUUAUGCUGACGAUAAGGUGACUUGUUUUCGCCAAAUACUCGCUCAUAUACUAUCGACAGGACGAAGAUUCGUGAUUCCCUAAGACAAACCAGCGGGACGUACUGUACUGUUUUCUCAGGUUCUUGGUUUAUGAAAGCUUUCUCAACCUCACUUCAAGUUGGUGGAUCAGUGUCAAAGCUUAAAUCACAUCAGUUGACCAAGGGGCUUGAGAGUGUUUAGUGCACACUUAGUUCUGUUCCUACUCCCCCCCUCAUCUCCAUUCCAGUUAUCUUCACUGUGACACCUUUGAAAAAUGUAUUGCUAUUGUUUUCAUAGGAUACAAUCUUAUUGGCAGAUUUAAAAAGUCAUUUAAUGUUUCAUACAGCAAUGGAAGACACAUUUGAUUUGGUUGUGUUCUCUGAGCUGAUUGAUUUAAUUGAGAGGCUUCCAGUGUCUUUCUGGACAACGUCUUUAGCGCAAGCUUUAAAUAAAUAUAAAGUGAACUUGUUUGAAUUCUGUAUGAAGAGUAUCUCCUGACAGCCAUCUGUCGUGAUUGGUUGUUAAUUUGCAUUUGUAUAGAUCGUCUCUGUUGACCUGGAAUUUGAACUUUCUUGUCAGGUGAUUUACUUUUUAUUAGUUAGUAAACAUUUUAUCGCAGAUUUAUCUGAGUACCAGGCGCGUAGAAAUUCCCUGGAACUUUUAGUGUUUUUCCACAAUCAAAGAACCUAACAGUAAAAGAAGACAAGAUCAAUACUGAUAUGUAUCCACAUAUAUAUAUUUAUGUGUGUGUGUGUGUGUGCAGGUUGGUCUCUCUUUCUGUUUGCUCGCUUAGUCUGUGACCAUUUCACUUGUGUGAACUUGUCUCCUUUAUUAAUGUGUAUUCUCCUUAUAUUAUAUUAUAUAUAAUAUGAGUGUUUGUUGACAGUCCGUUGCUUAGUGACAUAUAUCCAUAUAUGGUUGUUUGACAUGUCUGCUAUAUAUAUUUUGUUAUAUAUAUAUUUCGUUCACACAUUCCGUGUGAACUACUUUACUUACUUACCACUUUGGUGUGAGACCAUUUUAUUUUCGUCUCCUUGUGUUUGGACAAUAGAAGUAUCAUCGCAAACCUACUGGUCUUCUGAUUUCCGCCUUCUCGCGUCAGGACUAUUAGUUUCUCGACCAGACCAUAACAAUAAAUUAGUCGACGAGUACAUAACAAUUUGGCGACGGGGAAAACUAGUACAUAACAAUUUGGCGACGGGGAAACUAGUACAUAACAAAUACCAUUUACAAAAUAAAUUAUAUACAUAAACUGCAAUAAACACUACAUUGGCAAAAGUGGGAAUCCCGUUUGAAUCAGAAUCCAAGAACAUACAAUUAGCUAUCAAAAAACACGAUAUGUAUUCUUUCAUAUCAGUACAUGUAGACAAUUACGGACACCAAUCUGAUCGGGAAAAAUGUAGGGGAAUUUCUAGAAGCCAGAUAGUCAAACGAAUUAGUGAUUAACACAUACAGAACAAAUUUAUCAGGUAAUAAAAAAUAGGCUAUAUUGCAUGGAGGAUUGCAUCAUGAGCUGACAUCAGUUAGA